AUGUCCGAAGAAAUUGAUUUAGAAACCAACCACCUCUGUACAACAGAGGACGCAUUUGAAAAAUUUCAAGCCGUUUCUAUGUAUGAAGAAGAUGAAUUCAUAACUCUUUCUGAUAUUGUAUCACCAUCACGAGGUAACCAUGAUAUAACUGAAGUACUUAACGAUGCACCACGCAAUAAUGAUCGUGAACAUGUGGAAAUUGGCCAAGAAGAGAUCAUUUCUGAACCAAUACAAGCGCCACAGUUGUUAGAAAAAACUAUAGAGAAUACGAUACUUCUGCAGAAAAAUAUACCCACAAAAAAAAGUAGAAAAAAGAAAAAAAACGAUCAUCAAAAUACAAAUAUAGAAUGCAAUUUUAUGACAUCGGAUUCUAUAGAUACAAAAAAACCAUUAAACAUAGAUAGUGAAUUAAACUUAGAAAGUAUAGUCGAAGAAGAAAAAGAUCUACAAAUAUCAGCAACUUCUUCAGAAAAAUUGACGAAACCUAUUCAAAAUGAAAGAAAAGAUUUGUCAAUAGUCACUCAAAUUACAGAAAACCAACCUAAAAGACGAGGUAGACCACCAAAACGACGAAAUGCUGAUAUCCAAAAAUGUGAAGAUGAUGAAAAUGAAAUAUCAAAUAAAAAAAUUACAAGUGAAAAUGACAACAACAUUUCUAUGAAUGCCUCUAAUUUAGCUACCAAAAGAGGCAAUAAGAAAAAAGAUCCUGACCUUACUUCAAAGACAUUAAGUGAUCGUGGAGUAAACAUUAACUCUAAACAAAAUUGUUAUAGUGAUGAAAAUGAAACAUUAAAAAAUAUAAAUGCGACCUUCCCAUUAGAAGAUAUUAAUAUUACUAAAGAUACAAUUGUAGACACUAGUGAUGAUAAAAAUAAUAUUUCUGAAGAUGACACAGAAGAUAUACCAUUAGUAGCAUUAAGUACUAAGAAAAAUAAUAAAGUUGAAAAAAUUACAGAUAAUGUUAAUAACUUAGAAAUUAAUACAGAACUUGAAAAUAAAGUAUUAAGUGAUACUAUUAGUGACCCUAGUCCUCAACAGACAGAGCCAGAUCAGUUUUUGGAUAAGAUAACAAAGAAACGUGGUAGGCCUAAAAAAAGUAAUAUAAAUCUCAUACAUCAAGUGCCUGAGGUAAAAUCUGAUCUUGAGAUAAAAGACAAUGAAAAGCCUACCAAUGAAGAAGAUGAUAUAAGCUUGAGUAAGUUAAAAGACAAAGGUUCAAUAUCAGCUAUUACCAUAGAUGCUCCUUCUGUAGGUACUGAUCUUCAAGAAAAUGUUAACAAUUUACAGAAUUUAGAUAAUACAGAAAGUAAUUUAAUUAGUAAGAGAAAUUCGAAAAAACCAGUUUAUUCAGAUUAUGAAUAUAACAUCGAUAGUAUCAUAAAUAGUGAUAUAAAAAAAGAAACCACAGAUGAGAAAUCCAAUGAUUCGGAAUUACUUUUGACAGAAUCAGCUAGGCCAGCGCGCCGUAAGGCGAAAAAAAAUUUACAUUAUGAUGAAGGAUCCGAUGAAGAUCCUUUUGCAAAUAUUGAGUUAUCUGAUGAUGAACCAAGAAGAAGAAAAAAGGGUGGUAGAUAUAAUUCAGAUGAUGAAUAUAUUCCAGGCGAUAAUAGACUUCAAUCAGAAUUGACAGAUACUGACAGUAAUAUUGAAGAAGAGAUUGCGGAUGAAUUUAAGAUACACAAAAAAAAGAAAUUCAGAAAAUCAAGUGGUAGUUUUCAGAAAAGCCCCAAAAAACGAAUUAAACGAAGUAUAGAAGAUACUUUAGAAUCAAAUGAAAAUGUUGAUAUUGAACUUAACUUAGAAACAUCAGUUAUUAAGGCAGAUGAAAAUAAACAAUCCACUCAAGCUAAGUCUUGGAGUGCAACAAAUGAAUUUGAAAACUUCCUAGCUAAAAUAGUCCAAGGAACAGAUAUAAAAAUAAAGAAAGCUAAAAGUAUAGAUAAUGCAAAAGCACCAUUGCAAAUACCAACAAUUGAUCCCACUAAAGAAAAGAAAAGUGUUGAAACAUCUUCACAAACUGAUAUCAUUAAAACUAAGCCAAUUGCAGUUCAGACAAAUACAUUGUAUGAGGUUCCUAUGAAAAAUCAGGUUGCUUUAACAACAGAACAAUCUCAAAAAGCAAUUGAAUUUUUGUCUGGCAUUGUAAAGACAACUUCAGAAUUAGGCCAGCUAAUGACUCAAAAAAGUGAAGAUUUUAUUGAGAAAAAAAUAAACACUGCAUAUGUAACCGAUACAUUUAAAAUGGAUUAUUGUGUAAAAAAAUCUUUUUUGCUGUUUAAACUAGCCAAACACAACUUAGUUCAGAUGGAAGAAGACUUAUCAAAACAAUAUGAGGAAUUUUUAAAGGAAAAUAAUUUAAGUCAACAUAGAGAACAAGAAAAAGUAGUUGCAUCAACAUCAAAAGGCAAUGAUAGUGAUUGUGAAAUUGUUGAGGAACCAAUAAAGAAUAAAAAGAAAGAAAAACCAGUCUUUAACCCAAAAACUGUAUUCCUAAACAAGGAAUUAUCUAUUAAAAUAGCAAAGAAGCCAACAGAAAUGCCAAAAGCCAAGGAAAAAAUAGUUGUUAAAGGAAGACAUGCCGUUUGGAUUAAUGAUUCAGUAAUGGUAAAGAAAGUUAAGCCUACACAGUCUUUUUUAGCCCAGGACGGCCGAAAUAAAAAACCACCUGAUACCUUUGUAACAUUAGAAAUGGUAAGUGAUUUCUUCAAAAUGUAUGAACGCCAAAAGGCUCUAUCACUUUGUGCUCCAUACAUAAGACACAGUUGGUUACAAAAAGAAACAAGAUACGUUUGUAAUUAUUUUUUUGACAAACCAACAAAAUCUUGUGAAAGUUCUUAUGUUACUCCGAGUGAAGAAGUAUCGUCUGAUGUCUCAAAUACUGUAAUGGAUUCAAAUAAUACUAGUAAUUCAAUGUUGACUUCAAAACUAGACAAAACAAGCCCUGAUUCAUUGUUAUCAAUAUGUAUACAAACUUUGCAGUUUCUAAUGCAUUUCAGAAAAACUUUAAAUUCUAAGAUAUGCCCCUCUAAAGAUAAUGUACAUCACUCCAAAGUGCACUCUCCUUGCAAUAGGAAAUAUGAGGACAAUGGUGAUGUACUAUUAAAGGAUGUAAAUAGGAAUGAUGAAUGUUUAAAAACUCAGAAACUAAUUCAUGUUAAUUCCCUUAAAACUCUUUGUUAUAAAACAAUUAUCCAACUUAUUAAUGUACCUACUUUCAGUGAGAGUGAAUCAGGAAAAGUGAGAACGAAAUUUGCAGAAACAAACAAUAACUAUAUUUGUACAAAAAACAGUGACAUUGUGAAUUGUGCAAAAAAUACUACUUGUAGUUUUCAAGUGAAAUCUUUAUCAUCAAUGUGUGUGAGUGUACUUCAAAAUCCAACAAGAUGUCAAAAUAAAUGUAAAAAACAAAUUGUAAUAUAUAAAGUCAAACCAUUGAAAGAUUUAGUAUUAAGGAAAAUUAAGAGAAUUAUUUAUGCUGAAUUCAAGCCAGACCAUUUGAGUCAGCGAGAGACAUAUUUAAAAAGAGAGAAUAAUGGAGUUAAAAGUUUAUUACUCUUAUGUACAGAAUUAAUUUCUUUUAAAUUGUCUGAAACAUAUGAUGAUAAGCAACAUGUACCAAAUUACAUGUUGCAUGGUAAUCAAAUAGGAACAUCUGUAGUUUUGCCUCUAAAAUCAAUUUCCCUUAAGAAAGUUGUAUCUUUAACUAAAAGUGAUAAUAUAUUGGUAUUAGAUAAUGAUGUAACACUUAAUUUUACAAUAGAUAAUGUAAACACAGUGUCAGAAGAGAUAUUUAAUAAGAAUUCUGAAGAAAACAAUGAAAAUGAAUUGAAUAUAAAUAAUGAGCAGUACUACUCUGAUAAUGACUUUGAUAUUAGCUAUGACGACGGUGAUGGUGACGUCGGUGAUGAAAACAAUGAAACUAAUUGGGUUUCACAAGUUCAGAUGCAGGAAUUACGCUCUUGCGCAGAACCAACAAAUAAUGAUGAUUGUGAGAAAUCUCAGAAUGGUAUUCUAGAAGACUCUGUUAUAAAUGUUAAGAUUGAACCACUUGAAGAUGUGUGUGGAAAUGUUAUUGAUUCUUCUACUAUCAAAAUGGAGCCCGAAGAAGUGCAUGAUAAUUUAAUAAAUUAUACAUCUUUAGACAUAAUUACUAAACAAGAAGAUAUAGUGGUUAAUUCAACUAGAGAACCCAUUCAAAGGAAAAACAGUAAUAGUUACGAUGUAGACGCAUUCGAAUCUUUUGUAAGUUCUAAUAAAAUGAUUCUAUCUAUGACCAAUUUAGAUAGUGAAGAAAUUUUUAGCCAAAGUGCUAGUCGAAUUCGUCGACAAUAUGAGCCGGACUCUGAUGAUGAUAUUGACACUCUUUAUGAUACUAUGAAUUUAUUAGUUCCGCAAAGUACUGAGACAGCCAAAGAUAGAUUAAUGGCAAGCAGUUCGGAUGAAGGAACUAGUAAACGAAUAGGGAAAAAGAAAACAGAUAAGCGUAAACCUCGGAUUAAAAAAAAUAAUAAGGAUCUUGUAGAACUUGCAAAAGAAAAAUCAUCUUCAAAAAUUGAAACAUUAACUAGAAGAAUGAGAGGAAAAAUAAGAUUAGAAGAGAAAAAAAAUGAGUCUUCGGAUUCUGAAAUAGAUGAUGAACUAGACUUAAACUUAAAGAAAAGGAAAAAUUAUAAAAUAUCUAGUGAUACUUUAUGUAAAUUGCAAGAAAAUGAAAUACAGUGUAAUGAUGUAGAUUCUACUGAACAUAUACAAUACAUUAAUGAACACAAAAACGAACAAGAGAAAAGCCCAAUUAAAUCUGUAGAGGAAAUACAACCAUCAGACGCUUCUUUAAUUUUUGCAAAUGUGCCUAUUGAAUUAUUACAAUGCACACCAUCUAUAACUACAUCAGAAGACUGUAUUGAAGGAUCUAAGAGUAUUAAUGAAAAUGACUGUAAAACAUCUGAUGAAAUAGAGGUAAAUGGUGUGUCGUAUAUUGAACGUCAUGGAUGGAAGUGCUACCCUAUAAAUGAUAGAGACAGCAAGAUCUAUCGAUAUGCUUAUGUACCAUUAGAUAAAUUACCAGAAUGUUUCGUAGAUACCUAUUAUAGAUAUCAAAAUGUGACCGGAAAAACACAAGACGACACAGAAAUUGAUAAAUUGACAAACUUACAAACAUUACAUAGAUUACAAACAAAAGGCAAGUCUAAAGGAAGCAAAAAUGUUUCUACUAAAAACCCAAAAACACAAUUUUUAGAAAAUGUCCAAAAAAAUAACCGAAAUGAUGAGGAGUUUCGAGAGCUUUCGCCAUCAGAGGAUGAGGAUGAUAACGUUGUCGACAAUUUUGUUCUCGAUGCACCACAACAAAGCUCUGAUAAUUACUUAGCUAAAAACCUUUUAAUGGAUGAUGAAAGUGAUGAGGAGAGUAAGAUAAAAAAAAUCAAAGAAGAAACUGAUGAUGAACUGAGCCCUAAAACAAGAUCAAGACGUCAAAUAAGAUCUAAAGGAGAAACGGAAGAGAAAGAGAAGCCAAAAUCUGAAGUCUUAAUGCUUACAGCUGAUAAAAUGAUGAACACAGAACUCAAGCUAUUACAUGCACCAGUUGAAGUCAAACAUGAAUUAGAAAGUACAAAAGACAUAGAAAACAAAACUAAUACUAGAAGUACUAAUAAAAAAAUGCCAAAAAGUAAUGUAACGAAAAUACGAAUAAAAGAUGAGGACGCCUCUUCCUCUGAAGAAGAGAAGCAAUGGGUUACCACCAAAGAAAAGCUUUUAAAAAGAUUAGAGAAAAAGCAAGAAACCCCUAGCGUGGACGAUGCUAAACGUGCCAAGAUUGUAAAUGAAUACAUAGAGAAGCGCAGCGACGGCAUGGAGACGUCGAGGCAGCGAGCACGCCCGCGCCGCCGCUCUAAAAAAAAGCUGCUCGAGCGACGUAAGCAGAUGAAGAUACUUUCAAGAGAACUGUUCGGUGAUGAAUCUUCUCAUACCGGGAAAAAGUAUCAAUCUCAAGCCUACAGCAAAGGUCGACGUAACAUUAGAAAGGUAUUAGAUAAGAAAUCGUUGGCGCGAAGUACUGUUCUAGCGAAUAUGGAAGAAUUUGAAAGGAAAAGAAGGCUGAGUCAGCGUCAGGGACAAUUGAGAGAAGUCCUUGGCUGUGAAGAAGGUGUUAAUGUUGUGGUUAUCAAUGACGAGCUCUGUCUGGAAUAUGACUUUGAGAAUAUGCGACCUCUUGUCACUGUUCAUCAGUUCUUUACCAAAGUCAUGAAAGCCCAUCAGUACGAAGGCGUGAAGUUCAUGUGGGACGCGUGCUUCGAGAGCGUGUCGGCGACGGCGCGCGGGCGCGGCGGCGGCUGCAUCCUCGCGCACUGCAUGGGGCUCGGCAAGACGCUGCAGGUGCUCGCGCUGCUGCACACGGUAUUGACUCACCCACAAUUGAACAUGCGUCGCGUCCUUGUGUGCUGCCCGCUGUCUACGGUUCUUAACUGGGUAGAUGAGAUCAAUAAGUGGAUUGGACCAGUCACAAAUAACAUUAAGCGAAAUGUAAAGAAAAAAUUACAGGUAUUUGAACUAUCAAAACUUAAGAAAACCUACGAACGCGCCUACCAGCUCGAAGACUGGUACAACGGGGGUGGAAUUUUCAUAAUAGGAUAUGAACUAUUCCGAAGUCUCUCAACAUUACACCCAUCUAUCGACUGCGUGAGGCCAACAAUCGUUAAUAAGAUUCGAACAGCUCUGUUGGACCCUGGACCAGACAUCAUCAUUUGUGAUGAAGGCCAUCUCCUGAAGAACGACUGCUCGGUGCUGGCGGUCUCCAUGAGCCGGGUGGUGACUAAGCGCCGCAUCGUGCUGACGGGCACGCCGAUGCAGAAUAACCUCAGGGAAUACUAUUGUAUGGUCAACUUUGUGAAGCCUAAUCUACUUGGAACAUACUCGGAGUAUUCUAAUAGAUUUGAAAAUCCAAUAAUGAAUGGACAGCACAGAGAUUCCAGAGAGGAAGAUAUAAAGUUAAUGAAAGCUAGAACUCAUAUACUGCAUAAAGUUCUAGAAGGAUGUCUCCAACGUCAAGAAGCUUCCGUCCUCUAUCCAUACUUACCAAAGAAACAUGAAUAUACUCUGUUCAUAUCGCUGAGUAAAUGCCAGUGGGACUUAUACAAGCAUUACUUGGAAAAUUACGCUAAGGAAGCCAAACAAAGUAUCUUAAAAGAUUUUCAUAUCCUACAAAAAAUCUGGACCCAUCCGCAGGUGUUACAUAACUUUCUAACGAAGGCUCGAAGUGAAGAGAAAGAUACUAAAAUUAAAGUGGAGAAAAUCGAGGACGACCUGGCUCACGAGGAUUUGGCCGCCACCGAGGACAUCAAGCCUGGUGCCACCGAGACCUGGUGGCUGCAGUACGUUGCCGACACCAACAGUCUCGACUCUCUGGAAAGUUCCAACAAGUUCCUGAUGGUGUUCCAUCUGCUUGAUGAGUGUACUGCUUUGGGCGAUAAAGUGUUAAUCUUCUCCACGUCGCUGUACACGAUGGACGCGCUGGAGUACUUCCUGCGGCGCAAGAGCUGGAGCCUGGGCAAGGAGUACUACCGGCUGGACGGCUCCGUGCCGCCGGAGGUGCGCCAGAAGUGGUGCAGGGAGUUCAACGCGCCAGCUAAUACUACUACUAAAUUGUUCCUGAUCUCCACGCGAGCCGGCUCGCUGGGGCUGAACAUGACGGCGGCCAACCGCGUCAUCAUCCUCGACACGUCGUGGAACCCCGCACACGACAUACAGAGCAUCUUCCGCGUGUACCGGUUUGGGCAGAAGAAGGACUGUUAUAUCUACCGUCUUGUCGCCAUGGGUACGAUGGAGCAGAAGAUCUACGAGCGCUCGGUGACGAAGCAGGCCGUGGCGUGUCGCGUCGUGGACGAGCAGCAGAUCGACCGGCACUACAACAUGUCCGAGCUCUCUGAACUGUACCGAGUGGACGAGUCGGGCUGCAGCGUGGCGGCGGGGCUGGCGGCGGGCGUGCGCGACGCGGCGCUGCUGCGCGUGGCGGGCGCGCGCGGCGCGCGCGCGCUGCACGCCGUGCACGAGCACGACUCGCUGCUGCGCGGCUCCGGCGAGACCGGCCUGCCCGAGCACGAGCGCGCCGCCGCCUGGAUGCAGUUCCAGCAGGAGCACUCCAACACGCACAACAAUAUACAAAAUAUUGAAUUGAAAAUUCCAGCAAAAUCAGGCGAUGACAAUGAUCCCAAAUCAAAAAUAGAAGUUAAACCAGAAUCUAUUAAUCCCUCCAAACAGGAACUGAAGUCGAAGAAAAAUAAAAGAAGUGCAACCGUAACAGACAAUAUGUUGUCGCAACCAUCUACCAGUGCGCAAAUAGACCCUACUCUCAACCCUGAAGUAGAAAACGCGAUGGUUCAACAAAUCAUGGAUAUCUUAAUAAAACAUCAAUAUCAUGAAUCAAAGGGGCCAAAAGAGAUAUCUGAACUCAUUAGAAAAGUACGAAAAACAAUUGCUAAUAUAAAUGAGAGUGGAUUUAAUAACGUAGAUCCUUUAACUGCGAGUAUCGCCAAGGUUUUAAUCGAAAGUGAGAGGGAAAAUCAAAGUCUAAAUAACGCUAGAAGUGAUAUCCAGCAAAUAAAGUCGAUAGAAGAUAUCGACUUAGCAUUGAGCGACUCAGGCACAAUCAGUGCCGACGAACUACAAUUGAUAAAUAAGAAUGCGUCUGACAGAAAACGAAAUAAACAGAGACAUGAUUCAGAUGAAGAGUAUGUGCCUCGAGGCAAACGUAAAAGAAAAAAGGCUUGCGCUAGUGACAUGUAUAUAAGUAAAAUAUGCAAUGAAAUGAGUAAUGUUAAUGAUAAUUCUAAAAUGCUGAUAUCUGAGGUCGUUGACGAUGUACGUAACGUAUUUACCAAUGUUAAUGAAAACACUAAUUCUUUGACCGCAAAAGUCUCCUCGAUUUUACUCGAAAACAAGGACAUUUGUGAGUCAGAUGCAGUACAUCACAAUGUCAAUAAUGCUAUAAGUGAUGUCCAGCAAAUGGACUCGAAAGAAGAACUCGAAUCGGCACCGAGCGACUCUGAAACAAUUAGUACCGAUGAAAUUUCUCAAGAAAAUAAGCCUUUGUCUGACAGAAAACGACAGAAACAAACACAAGGUUCAAACAAAACAUAUAUGCUUCGUGCUACACAUAAAGGAAAGAAGGCCAAAGCUUGUGACAAAUAUAUAAGUAAAACAUCAAAUAAAAUAAAUCACUCUGCAGGUAAUUCUAGAUCACAAACAUUAAUUGGUAUAGAAGUUCAAAAUUCAAUGUUAAUGCGAGCCGCGAAAAGUCUACCAAUCAAAAAAAAAUCUGAUAAAAGUGCUAUGAUAAAAGAGCAAACUGUAGAAAAUGAAUGUAGUUCAGACUCGGUGACUUCACUAAAGGAUAUAGAAAAUACUAACGAUAAUACAAAUGAGGUGAGCAUUGUGCUCAGUGACGACGAUGAACCCCUAAUAACACCAAAUAUAUCAAUAGAAGAAGCGGAAAAGAACGAAAUAAAAGAUAGCCCAAUUCCAUUGCACAAAUCGUUAUUGACAAAUAAAAAUUUUAUAAAAAUAAUAGCUCAUACAUACUUGACUGGAAAUCCAAAGUUGGACGAAGACGCGGCCCUCCUCGCGGCGCAGUACAGCGCGCUGAAAGCUCUGAAGGAAGUAGAGGCGACUGGGAAGGAAAUCGACAGUGGCCCGAUAUAUGAUAUCGCCAAGCAGGUACUGGGCAUGUCUAUAUUGGAAAGAUUACAAAACAUCCGCGGCACUAAACAGGAUAUUACCGAUACAAUAAAUAAGAAGAGCACCGUUUUAGUAAAUAAGACAUCAUCGGCUUCGAAUAUGGCGAAAAAUGAACAACCUAAAGUUGCAUCAGUAACAAAUAUUGAUAGUGAGACUAAUAUGAAUGUGCAAAAACAAUAUAAAAAGAAAAUAAAUAUAAUAAAACGUUCGAAAAAUACUAAAGCGAAACCUAUAAGUGAGCGGACUUCUGAAGCUGUUGAGAAUUCCCAAAGUGAAAGUAUGGAGGAUGCAACAAGUUCAAUAGCCAUUGAACAAGUGAUGUCACUCAGUACGGCGCAAGCGACGCCGGCUUCUGCCGAGGUCGUGCCCGUGGGAAUGUUCAAAGGCCCAGUAUCUCUUCAGGCAAGCGAGUCUCCACUUCACGAAGAGUGUAUCUUACCUGACGAUGAUUUAAUCAUCAUAACUAACAGUCCGCCGGCAUCGUCCAGUUCCGACAAUCUGGUACGGCGGAACUCCCAACAGCUCCUUAUUACCAAUGUGUCGUCUGACGCAACGAUAAAACAAUCACAAAAUCAUUUUAUAAUAUCUACUGUGGAUCCUACAAAUAAUGCAGAAAUCUCAACACCAAAGACAUCAGGAACAAAGUAUUUACACAUUAUACCACCAUCUUUAAAAGUCUCUCCUCUCAACACACCCGCUGCAGUCAUGCCACUAAAGAGCGAACCAGGGAACUCUAUGGAUAAAAAUCCAAUGCUUAGCAAAAUGUUAACAAAAUCCACUCCAGUUAGUAAUGAAUCCCACGAAACAAUAUGUUUAGACAGUGAUGAAGAUAAUAAUGUUGUGAAGGAAGUGAAAUCGAAACCAAGGGCCCUAAAAUCCACUACUAAAUUACCUUAUGCCCCAGCACAACAAAAAAAACAUGAACAAGCAACAACAUCCUCUCAACCUAAAAAGGUAGAAACCAAGAAACAGAUCUCGCAAAAAUCGCCCGUAGAGCAGAAGGAAUCGAGUAAAAUAAUCGCAUCAGCGAAUACUACAAACGAAGAUGUUUCUCAUCAAACGGACCCAAACACACUUUCGAAACUAAAAAAAGCAUCGUGUAAACCCGGAGAUAUCAUUCGCAUCAGUGAAACGGGAAAAAUAGAAAUAUUAAGAAGAACUGAAUCUAUUCCGCCCAAUGUUAUAGCUGCGGUAAAGCACGUUCAACCGUCUAUUGAGGACCAAAACGUAUCUCAAAAACAACAAAAGGCUACGGACAACGAAAAGACAGAUUCUACAAAGACUAUUAUAAAGAAAAGUCAGUCUAAAGGUCCCGUUGACAGUGAAGACGAGGUCCCGCUUUCAGUACUACAGAACGUAGUACACAUAUCGGCUGAUCAAUAUGAGACGCAAAAUAAAGCUGCUGUCACUGAGGAAUCUAGUGAGAUUUUACGUCCAACUCCUAAAACCUACAUUAAAAAACCAGUAAAACUUAAGUACAACCCUAGUAAACCAGUUACUGUACCGAUUCUGAGCAGUACAGUUAAAGAAGUAGGGGUUAAAAAUAAAAAGAAUUUGAUCAAACCGUAUAGUAAAAAGGAAAUUGUUUUGAAAUUCCCCUCUGGUAAUGCAUCCACGUCUAAGGCGCAGGAGAAAGUUAUUGAUCUCACAGCAAGCAUCGUCAGCACCAAGGAUAAGAAGAAACAAAUUCUAGUCAAGAAAAAAGACUGGGAUAAAAUCAGUGGCACCUCUAAGGAUAUAGUUCUAAAUAACGCGGGUACUCUCUUCAAUUUGAAAAAAUGCAAUACCUCUUCUGUGGAUCUCACAAACACGUCUUGCACUACCACCGUUACUGUAAAGAAGUCUACACUGAGUUCCCAAAAACCGUCCACAAGCGACAGUGUUAAACGCUCCUCGACGUGGCAGGACGCGUCUUCUAAGAAGAAACCAAAAGUUGAAACUACUAAAAAAGCGCUGACACUUCAAGACUUUAAUCUCGACGACUUCGAUGACAUCAUCGAAUUGGAG